GUUUUUGCCUAUCGCUGUCAUCAUUUUUUUGCCCGCUACUCCUCGUAAAUUUUACAAAAUAAACAAAAAAAUGCACAAAACAUGACGGAGGAGAAGAACGACCAAUUGCGGCAACAGCUCAUCGCGGCGGUAGUGAAAAAGCGCGCGGCAAUUGCGCGGGCUCAGGAAAUUGUGGUGAGGCUCCUGGAGCCCGACGUAGCAGAGCCGGAAUUCCUGGCCAUGCUCUGGGAAAUCGCACCCAACCACUAUACCGACAUUGUGGAUGAGCGCGAAAUCAGCCGAAACUGUGGGUACCCUCUGUGCUCCAAUGUCUUGCAGAAUGUACCCAACCAGAAGUACCAAAUCAGUGCAUCGCAAAACAAGGUCUACGAUAUCACAGAGCGCAAGAAAUUCUGCUCCGGCUAUUGUUUCCGCGCUUCUGAGUACAUUAAGGCCCAGGUGCCGACGUCGCCGCUGUGGCUGCGCGACAGGGAGUUGCGGCCGAGCUUUCAGCUGCUGCCGCGAGACAAAUGAAAAGUGUUUACAUUUGCUCAAUUUAUUACAUGGCGACUGCAGUAACUACAUAUUUGCUACAUAAUAGAAGGAAAAAGAAGGUGUGUACAGCAGGCAACGCGGCCCA